CUUCCGGUGUGUGAAGUGAUUGGUUACUUCUCAGUAGUGGGCGGGGUUUCGUUCUCCUGUCGGAUAACUCUUCCUGUCAGCGGCCGGUGAGUCCUUAUCGCGGCGUCAUGGGCAAGAAGGACAAAUGGGACCGAGACAAGAAGAAAUCCAAGAAGCGUCACUACGAUGAAGAGGAGGAUGAUGAGGAUGACGGGCCGACCAAUGACCAGGAGGCCGUGCCCUCCGCAGCCGGGAAGCAGGUGGACGAGGACGGCACCAAGCGUGAUGAGUACAACGCCAAGGACUACAGGUCCCAGAUGCCCCUGAAGGGUGACCACGCGUCCCGUCCGCUCUGGGUGGCCCCGGAUGGACACAUCUUCUUGGAAGCCUUUUCUCCGGUCUAUAAAUACGCCCAAGAUUUUCUUGUCGCCAUCUCGGAGCCAGUCUGUCGCCCGGUGCACGUUCACGAGUAUAAGCUGACAGCCUACUCCCUGUACGCCGCAGUCAGCGUGGGGCUACAGACCUUACUGCAGUCUCUUACUUUCUUAAACAAGAUGCCACCAUGCCUAUACCUCAGCGGGAGUUUCUCCUAA